AUGGCUGCUCUAGGAGUCACCAUCACCCUGCUGGUGUGGGUGGCUACCCUGCUACUCAUCUCCAUCUGGAAGCAGAUCUACAGCAGCUGGAAGCUGCCCCCUGGCCCUUUCCCACUUCCUAUUCUUGGGAAUCUUUUCCAGAUUGAACUUAAGGACAUCCCUAAAUCAUUCACCAGGCUCGCAGAGCGCUAUGGACCUGUGUUCACAGUAUACCUGGGCAGCCGGCGUGUUGUGGUCGUACACGGCUACAAGGCAGUGAAAGAAGUCCUGCUCCAGCACAAGAAUGAGUUUUCUGGACGAGGCGAGAUCCCAGCAUUCCAUAUCUUCAAGAACCGUGGAAUCAUUUUCAAUAAUGGGCCCACCUGGAAAGAUACUCGGCGCUUUUCCCUGACCAUACUGCGAGACUACGGGAUGGGCAAGCAGGGCAAUGAGCAGCGGAUCCAGAAGGAGGCCCACUUCCUACUGGAGGAACUCAAGAAGACUCAAGGUCAGCCUUUUGACCCCACAUUUCUCAUUGGGGCUGCACCCUGCAAUGUCAUUGCCGACAUCCUCUUCCACAAACACUUUGACUACAAUGACAAGACCAUCCUGAGGAUGAUGAGACUAUUCAACGAGAAUUUCUACCUGCUGAGCACACCUUGGCUCCAGCUUUAUAACAAUUUUUCUGACUACGUACAUUAUCUGCCUGGGAGCCACUGGAAGGUCAUAAAGAAUACGUCUGAUAUUAAGCUAUACACAUCUGAGCUGGUGAAGGAGCAUCAAGUGUCGCUGGACCCCAACUGCCCCCGAGACUUUACUGACUGCAUGCUCAUCGAAAUGCAAAAGGAAAAGAAAAGUUCUGAGACUGGAUAUACAUUGGAAGACAUCACUGUGACUGUGGCUGACUUGUUCUUUGCGGGCACGGAGACCACCAGUACCACCCUGAGAUAUGGACUCCUAAUCCUCAUGAAGUACCCAGAGAUUGAAGAGAAACUCCAUGAAGAAAUUGACAGGGUGAUUGGGCCAAGCAGAAUUCCUGCCAUCAAGGAUAGGCUACAGAUGCCUUACAUGGAUGCUGUAGUGCACGAAAUUCAGCGAUUCAUCAACCUUGUGCCUUCCAACUUACCUCAUGAAGCAACUCAGGACACUAUGUUCAGAGGAUAUACCAUCCCCAAGGGCACUGUCGUGAUUCCAACUCUGGAUUCCCUCUUGUAUGAUGACCAAGAAUUCCCUGAUCCAGAGACAUUUAAACCAGAGCACUUUCUGAAUGAGAAUGGAAAGUUUAAGUACAGUGACUACUUCAAAGCAUUCUCUGCAGGAAAACGGGUAUGUGUUGGAGAAGGCCUGGCUCGCAUGGAGUUGUUCCUCUUCUUGUCUGCCAUUUUACAGCAUUUCAAUUUGAAGUCUCUUGUUGAUCCAAAGGACAUUGAUCUCAAUCCCAUUACAGUUGGGUUUGGUAGAAUCCCACCGUAUUACAAACUCUGUGUCAUCCCUCGCUCAUGA